AUGAGAGUAUUAAGUGGCAUUUGUGUCAUUACAGUUCUGUUUUCAAUACAGAAUGCUGAAACAUAUUCUCUCGAGAAUUUCGACAACUCUUAUUCUCAACGUGAUGCAUCAGUCUUUUAUAUACGACAACUUCUAAAACGUAUUAAAUCAAAUCAUGAUGCCAGUUUACAAUGGAGAAAAAGAACGGAUGAUACACCAAAGAAGUGCCAAGAAAUAAAACUAGGCCAAUCUUAUAUUGGUGUUAUUGGAGCAUCCAUCAAUAAUAUUACUACAUAUCAAGAUUGUAUAAAUCAGUGCGAAAAAGAUAGUAAAUGCUACGGAUGGUCAUAUAAAAAUUCGAGUCAGCGUUGUUGGCUUCAAACAUCACUGGGUAUAACAAAUAUUGAUAAAUCAGUGAUGGGUGGAUCUUGUCUUGGACCAGCUGCGAAGGAAACGCACUGCACUGACGUAAUAAUCAGCAGCUAUUACAAUGGUGAUUCCGGUCCAGCAAUAACUCAGGUGGCUACAUAUCAAGAUUGCAUGCGUAGAUGCGAUGCAUCAGCAACAUGCUUGGCAUGGAGACAUCGAGCGUCUGAUAAUACCUGUUGGCUACAAACUACAGCAUAUGAAAAGAUAACUGAUGGACAGUAUACAAGUGGAUCUUGUAUUAAACAACAAACACAAUAUCCAUCAAUAGGAACGGUUGCUACACCAAAGAAGUGCAAAGAAAUAAAAUCAGGCUUUUAUUAUGGUGGUGAUACUGGAUCAUACAUAGAUAAUAUUACUACAUAUCAAGAUUGUAUGAAUUGGUGUGAAAAAGAUAGUCAGUGCUACGGAUGGUUAUAUUACAAUUCCACUAAUCAUUGUUUGCCUCAAACAUCGGUGGAUAUAUUAUAUACUGAUGAAUCAGUGAUGGGUGGAUCUUGUCUUGGACCAGCUGCGAAGGAAACGCACUGCAAGGAAGUAAUAUCGAACUCCUCUCACAUUGGUACUAUCGAUCGACAAAUAAGUCGAGUGACUACAUAUCAAGGUUGCAUGACUGAAUGUGAUGCUUCACCAACAUGCAUGGGAUGGGCAUACCAAGCGUCUGGUCAAAUCUGUCAGCUGUUAACUACAAUAAGAUAUACGAUACCUGAUAAGCAGUAUACAACUGGAUCUUGUAUUAAAAAACAAACACCAUAUGCACCACUAAGUCUCGAAAAAUUUAGACAACAAGCAUUAGAUCAACAUAAUUUUUAUCGUAAAAAACAUUGUACACCUCCACUUGUAUUAGAUCCAGCAUUGAAUGAUAUAGCACAAAGUUAUGCAGAGCAUUUAGCUGCUAUUGAUACAUAUGUACAUAGUGGAACUAGAUUCAACGGUCAAUGGAUGGGAGAAAAUUUAUCUGGAUUAGAUGGUAGAAAAUUUUCAUACGAUACAGGUGCAGCUCCAACUAACUCUUGGUACAAUGAAAUCCAAUCUUAUAAUUGGUCAAAUCCUGGCAUAGCAAAAGCGACUGGACAUUUCACACAAUUAAUUUGGAAAGAUACAACUAGAUUAGGUAUCGGUAGAGCACGGUCAAACACAAGCAACACUGUGUUUGUGGUUGGAAAUUAUUUUCCAGGAGGAAAUUUGCCUGGACAAUUUGAGAAAAAUGCCUUACCAUUAUGUUGA